CAAGCAACUGAAUCAGGAGUCAUGGUUGGUGGAGGAAAGACGGCUCUUUGAAUGCUCUUAUUGUAUUGAUUAUUCUGGGCGUUAAGGAGAGCGAGAGCGCCUCACAGGAUGCUGGAAACAGGGCAUCCUUCCCGUGACGUCACAUCAGCUGCAUCCGCCGCUCGCUCGCUCUAAUAUCCAUCCUGUCAUAUAGCUCAAUUUGGUCCUGUUCGGGAAAUAUACGAAAUACUACAACUGAUAUUAACGCACUUUGCUUCGGUGAACAUCUCAUCCAGAAGGUAAAAAAAAGAUGGCUGCCCAGGAAGUGCAGCCGAACGAAACCAUAGCAAAGCUGAAGUCCGAGUCCGAGACGCUGAAGACGAAGCUGGAAGAGGAGCGGGCCAAACUGCAUGAUGUGGAGCUGCACCAGGUGGCAGAGAAGGUGGAGGCUCUGGGCCAGUUCGUCAUGAAAACAAGGAGAACUCUGAAAGGACAUGGCAAUAAAGUGCUUUGCAUGGACUGGUGUAAAGACAAGAGGAGAAUUGUGAGCUCGUCCCAGGAUGGAAAGGUGAUUGUGUGGGAUGCGUUUACAACCAACAAGGAGCAUGCAGUGACCAUGCCAUGUACAUGGGUGAUGGCCUGUGCGUACGCCCCAUCUGGAUGUGCAGUAGCGUGUGGUGGACUUGACAACAAGUGUUCUGUGUACCCACUAUCUCUGGAUAAGAACGAGAACCUGGCAGCGAAGAAGAAGUCAGUGGCAAUGCACACCAAUUACUUGUCUGCCUGCAGCUUCACCAACUCAGACAUGCAGAUCCUGACAUCGAGUGGUGAUGGAACGUGUGCAUUGUGGGAUGUGGAAAGUGGGCAGCUGCUCCAGAGUUUCCAUGGUCAUGCAGCUGAUGUGCUUUGCCUGGACCUCGCUCCCUCUGAGACCGGCAACACCUUUGUCUCUGGGGGCUGUGAUAAGAAGGCAAAUGUAUGGGACAUGCGCACAGGACAAUGCAUCCAGUCAUUUGAAACCCAUGAGUCAGAUAUUAACAGUGUGCGAUACUAUCCAAGUGGAGAUGCAUUUGCCUCUGGAUCAGAUGAUGCUACUUGCCGUCUGUAUGACCUGAGGGCCGAUAGAGAAGUGGCCAUUUAUUCCAAGGAGAGCAUCAUAUUUGGAGCUUCCAGUGUAGACUUCUCUCUCAGUGGCAGACUACUGUUUGGUGGCUACAACGACUACACCAUCAAUGUGUGGGACGUUCUGAAGGGGACCCGCGUAUCCAUUUUGUUCGGACACGAGAACCGAGUCAGUACCCUCCGCGUCUCUCCAGACGGGACAGCGUUCUGCUCAGGGUCCUGGGACCACACUUUACGGGUCUGGGCUUGAACAGCUGGAUUCUCACUGGCAUUCACAUCAACAGCAACAUUCACUAGAACAACUAUUAACUUAAAGUGUUUGGAUUUGUAAGAAAUGCACAGUAGAGUAGAACAGGGUUGAAGAGAGACUGUAGUCUAUACAGACAAGAGCACAAAGUUUAUUAGGGUUGUUUUGUUCUGUUUCUUUCUUAUUUAUUUCUUUUUUUGAUAAAUACAGGACCAAAACUUGGCCAGAAACAUUAGCUUUAUCUGAAAUCCUAUACUAUGGGCAAGUUUAUCAAAGUAAAUACUUCUCAUUAAUAAAUGAAGUGCAUGCAAUUUAUAAACAACACUAUAAAUAAUGGGGAAUCACUCCACAUUACUACUGUCUGUGUUCAUACCUGUGUCAUCUGCUAUCUUCAACUAUGAGAGAAAUAAAGGAGCCAGAGCUGGAACAGAAUAAGUUUAUAUAUAAAUGUCAGCAAUUGUGAGGAAGUUUUCAUGUAUUUACAAUUUAAAGAGGCAGUUGCUUGUUUUUUUUUUUGUUUUUUUUUUUUAAUUAAUGUAUGUGAACCUAGUAAUGACUCAAUCGUGUUUAAAAUGGCAAGGUAAUCAAAGUUACAUGAAAUACAUGGAUUUCACCUACAUCUAUACCCUUCUCUCUUCUAUAGGACACUUUGUAUCCUUCAACACUGUACUAAUAACCAGCCCUCUUCUUAUAGACACCUGUAAUUGCCCUUUUUUUGUCUAAGCAAAUACUAUGUAAGUCAUUAAACAUAUCUAAAUUGCAAAUGUACUUCUGUCUUGUGAUAAUAUCUAUAAAACACAGAUGGUGAGAUGAACUGCACUUGCCGCUGUAUGGCUCUUUGUAGGAGGCUUGUGUGUUCAUUUCCAAUUUUAGAUGCUAGUCUGAAAUAGCAAAAGCAGAUUGUUAAUAUAAUAUGCAAACAAUCCCUACUCAGUUAUCAUGUGCUCUAUGACAUCUAAUAAUCUGAAGUAAUACUUGCACUAGAGGAACAGUUACUACUGUAGUGAAAUGUAUAUAUUUGUCCACAAUACUAAUAAUAGUGUCAUCAUUAUGGAUAAAUAAAUGGGUUUUACAUAUCGAGAAA